CCUAUUGAGAGCUCUCAGCCGCUAGUAGCGUAACCGUCACAUGGGCGCACUGGCUCUCCAACUAUUUAAGCAGGAACUCUUUCUCUUCAGCACCAUUCCGCCAUCCAGCCUUGGGUACGCAUCCUGGUACGAGACUGACAAAGAGAAACUUUUUCGAACUCUCAGACAUUAGGUGAAGAACCUCAGGGCAGCCAAGAUGCCAAGAUCGUUUCUUGUGGAUUCCUUGAUUUUGAGGGAGAACAGCGACAAGGGAACUGAGAACAGCCCGCCGUUAUUUCCUUACGCCGUGCAUCCGUCUCAUCCUCUCCACAGUCUCUCCGCCGGCUCAUGCCACUCUCGAAAAGCCGGGUUGCUGUGCUUUUGCCCGCUGUGCGUCACGUCUCAGCUUCACCCGUCGCCUCCAACUCUCCCACUCAUCAAGGCUUCCUUUCCUGCAUUCGGCUCCCAAUACUGUCACACUGCGCUAUCCAGACAGCACUCGGCGACUAGCGGCGUAAACCUCAGCGGCUCGGGGUUAUACCAAGCCACAUACCCUGUUCCAGAUCCACGACAGUUCCACUGCAUAUCCAUAGAGAAUAACAGCAGUCAACUUCAGAGCAGCAAACGCAUGCGCACUGCGUUCACCAGUACGCAGCUCCUGGAGUUGGAAAGAGAGUUCACCUCCAACAUGUACCUGUCGAGACUUCGGCGCAUAGAGAUCGCGACUUACCUCAACCUCUCCGAGAAGCAAGUCAAGAUCUGGUUCCAGAACCGCCGCGUCAAGCACAAAAAAGAAGGCAAAAGCGGCUCCCACAGGACGGGCUCGCACAACUGCAAGUGCUCGUCUUCCCUGUCCUCCGUCCGGUGCUCUGAGGAAGAAGAUGACCUCCCCAUGUCACCUCCGACAUCAGAAAAAGAGGACGCAGACCUGUCCGUAAGCCCAUGAACUCUAGCGCGUUGCUGAUGACCGCCACCUCAAAAGACUCCGUACGCCACACCAGUGGAAUCUUGAAUGCAGCCAAAAAGCGACGGUCUCUGCGUGCGCCGUCACCUGUAAAUAGCGAGAAAGAAGAAGAAGAAAAACAACAACAAAAACAAAAAAACUUUAUAUAUGUUCGGGGUCUGCGUAUCCCUUUAAUGUUGUAUAUUUGUAUACAUGUUCUAUGUUUGUAGUUUUUUCUGAAAACAACUUAAGCCCAUAGUUACGCAUUCAAAUACAUUUCCUGUCACCAAAUUGUUCUUUUUUUCUUUUAAUCUGUAUUAUCAAAUUAAUUUGUACUUUUUUAUUAUUAUCUUUUAAUGAUAUUCAGUUGUUUUGUUUGUAUGGAUGGUGAGUACAGGGUAGCUUUAAGCACAUUUUGGCGACGGAAUGGAAAUAUGUUUGUUAUUGUACUUUUAUUGUAAUGAGAAUAUUUAUUUAUUUAAAAAACCUUAAUGCUGAAAAUAAAGAAUAUUUCUUAGUGACAAAAUGUCUCAUUUCAGUUGGUUUAUCCAUUACACCUGUCAUACGUUUAAUGUUAGAAAGCAGCAAAAGCCACAAAUGACUUUUUAC